AUGGGUAGAUCCCCUAAUUUUGAUGAUCAGAGUGGUCUGAAUAAAGGUUCAUGGACAGUCGAAGAAGAUCAGAAGUUGAUUGAUUACAUUAAAAGAAAUGGCCAGGGCCGCUGGAGAGGUCUCCCCAAGCUUGCAGGCCUCAAAAGGUGCGGCAAGAGUUGCAGAUUAAGGUGGACUAACUACCUGAGGCCUGAUAUCAAGAGAGGGAAAUUCUCUGAAGAAGAGGAAAGAAUUAUCAUCAACCUUCAUGCAGUUGUUGGAAACAAGUGGUCUAAGAUUGCAACUCAUCUUCCAGGGCGAACUGAUAAUGAUAUCAAGAACUAUUGGAAUACUCGCUUAAGAAAGAAGCAGCUACAAAUGGGACUUGAUCCAGAUACCCACAAUCCGAGGAUAGAAUUCAAUAACCUUACACAGUUGCUUACGACGGAGAGUGUUGGUAACAUCAUUAGUACUCCAUUGGACAAUGAACUAAGUCUACAAGCAAUUUCUGCACAGCUAGCAAUAAUCCAGAUACUGCAAAAUUUAUACAUGCAAGUUAUGAAUUCAUCAGUUGCAGCUCCUAAUAUAGAUAACAAGACUAGUACUGGUCUUUUUGGUUCUCAGAAUAGUAACCUCUCUGGAGGGAACUUCAAUAGAGCUAGCAUGGUCAGAGAUCAAGAAUGGAACCGGGAUAGCAAUCCUGGGGCACCUAAUGAGUUGAACACUAUUUCCAACACCCUUCCAAUGUAUGAGGGAUUUAACAACAAUACUUACAACAACUUGAGCAACUGCUACGAUAUGCAGAACUUUGAAAACCAACGUCCUGAGUCGGUUUCAGCAUCAUCUCCUGGGACUUGUACUGCCAAUAACCGAAUGAAUAGCUCGAGUACAAGUGAUAUUCAAGAUGCAGGUCAGUCAUCACCCACUUCUUCCAUCUUUGAGUCUUGGAAGAAACUCAUGGAUAUUGACACAAGUGAAUCCUACUGGAGUGAUAUUCUACAUUACAAUGAAGAUAUACAAAAGGUCACAUUGAAGAAUUCUCCUGAAAAUUUGAAGUUAACAUCACAUGAUAUUCAAAAGGAUAUUGUAAGUGUUAUCUCAAUUGAAAUUGUUAAUAGAAUUGAUCAUGUCCUUGGUGAUUCCUUAUUUGCUAUUCUAGUUGAUGAAUCUCGAGAUAUGUCUUGUAAGGAACAAAUGGCCAUUGUAUUACGUUAUGGGGAUGCUGGAAAAGUGAUUGAGCAUUUUGUGGGUGUUGAGCAUGUUACAAAUACCAAUGUUGUCACAUUGAAGGCAACUAUUGAUGAUUUUUUAUGUAGAACUAGAUUGAGUAUGUCAAGGAUACGAAGUCAAGGAUAUGAUGGAGCAACAGUGGCAAAAAAUCACACUAUGGUUUCAGAUUUCUUCACUUUGGUUUCUAAUGUGGUAAAUGUGGUUGGAGCAUCAGCUAAAAGACAUGACAUUCUUCGAGAGAAACAUGGUGAUAACAUAUUAGAAGCACUUGAAAACAAUGAGUUUUCAAGUGGACAAGGCUGA